CACAAUGUCGUCGCUCGGAAGCAGAGACAGACGCAGUAAUCUCCAAUCGUAUCAUGUGUGAUUCACUGCUUCCUUACCACUUCUAAUUAGAAGACAGCCAGGCAAUCAACAGUAGAAAGAAGCAACCCGCCCAAGCCUUAUCCCCAAGAAAUGACCUACAUAUGUGGUUCUGAGUUGACAAAAGGAGGAGAUUCCUCGAGUCUCAGCAAGAUACCGGAAGCACGUCUAGGAGAAGUAAUAUAUGUUACCAAAGGCAAAACCUUGGCAUGGGGAGGAACCGCUAUUCUUGAGCGAUUGCCUUCUGGUGCCGUUAUGAAGACACCUAUUCCAAGUCCAUACUGCCCUCCUGAAGAAGAAGACUAUCGUCGUAAUAUGCGACUUGAGGCCAAGAUUUAUGCAAUGAUGGGAGAACAUCCAUGUGUUCCCAAGAUAUUGAAUUGGGAUCAAGAAACUUGCUACCUCACUAUGAUAUAUAUGGAUAAUGGGAAUCUCUAAGAAUACAUUCAACAGAACAUGACAUAUCUAACUAUCAACUUCGACUCCAAUGGUGUAAACAGAUUGCUAAAGCACUCGGUGCUCUCCAUGCUCAUUACAUCAAACACUGAUCUUUCGCCGAGAAAUUUCCUUCUCGACUCGAGCCUCAAUGUCAAAAAUCUGGUGGCGCAUCACUAUGUGGUUCAGAACCCUCAGCUACACCGGCAACAAGAUUAUGACCUCCUGGCUAUGACUGGGAUGUCCCUUCGGCUUAUGGAGACGACAUUUUCGGCCUUGGGUCUCUAAUUUACUCUAUAAUGACAGGCACUUAUCCCUACAAGGACAUCCUCAGUGAUGAAGUUAAGAAGCUAUAUGGAGUUCAA